AUGACGACUAGGCGCUCUUCCAGGAUCUGUCUUUGCUUCAUCUGUCUUGUCUCCCUCCAAUGCUUGCACGCAACCCCCUUGCAGUGGGAGCUCGUGGAUCCUGUAGGAAGGAGCCCUACGACCCGCCACAGCCAUGCAACAGUGAGCUUCCGAAACCUUCAAGGAACCAUCGUCGUUUACGGCGGGGCCAGAAGCAACAGCACUGGAGUAACAGUGAUGGCAGACGUGUGGAUGUAUGACUCUUCGGCAAAGACAUGGGAUGAGGUCACCUUCGCUGCAAACCUAAAGUUCACCUCCAUGGAUUGCAAGACAAGGACCCUCAACUCGCGCUUGCCUGGCCCGCGAGCAGGUCAUCGCAUGGUGGUCACACAAUCAGUCGCACUAAUGUGCGGUGGGUACUCCGCCAUGGCCUCCUCUGUCGCGACAUUCGAAGGAGGGAGCUUGCUUGACUGCUGGUGGAUGUCUGUGCAUCCAGUCGCAAGUUGGACCCCUCUGCUGACCUCGAGCUCGGGCCCUCGGCACAGGUGGGGUCAUAGCAUGGCAUAUGAUGUAGAGGCAGGCACAAUUGCGAUCUUCGGAGGUAUGGUCAUCGAAUCCAUGAGCCUCAGUAAGGAUUGCUGGUACAUCAAGACCAGCACUACCUCCAUCUCCACCUCCAGCAAGUAUGAGUGGAAUUCCUGCUCCCCUGCAACCAGCUCAGUGUCUCCGCUUCCACGGUACGGGCAUGGAUCUGUCAUCUACUCGAGCACCCAGACGCUGUACAUACAUGGAGGCUAUGCCUUCGAUGGAAGAGGUACAACGGCUCAGAGUGACCUGUGGGCACUCAACGAGUUCACCAACACGACGAUGAGCGCGUGGAAGAAGGUGUCGCCAAUCACAGAACGACCAACAAUGAGAGCCUUUCACGCCAUGUGGCUGGUUGGGUACAAGGUGUACAUCCAUGGCGCUGACUUCAAGCAGGCUUUGUCGGACACAUGGAUGUUUGACAUCUUGACGUCCUCCUGGGCUCGAUAUAGUGCCUCGGAUGCUGCUCCACUAGCAUCGCACUUGUCCAUCGCUGCCGUGUCUGACACCCUGGCGUUGGCGUUUGGAGGCAUCGGGUCGGACGGAAGUGCGUCAGGGUACCUGGGAGCCUUCAAACCGGUGUCGGGCUGGAGCAAAGGGACUCAUCCUAAAGCAAGAAGCGGUCAUUCUACAGUCUACGACAACGCCGCUUACCAGAUGUUGAUCGCCUUCGGUCUUGGUGUGGGACCUGAGCUCUUGGGAGAUGUCUGGGUCUUCGACCUGUCGCUCUUCAGCUGGACGUGCAUCCAAGGGAGUCAACCAGGUUGUAGAUUCCCUUCCAGCAGAGCUGGAGGGCCGGGAAGUCGCGCGCAUGCGGCGUCGGUAAGGGUGAGGAUGGUGGCGUUUUACUUUGGAGGGAUCAUGGGUAGCCUUGAGGAAUGCCCGGACCGUCAGGGCAAGCGAGAGAUCUUCUCCUCGGCAAAGGACUUGUGGCAGCUGGACCUGAUCUCUUACAAGUGGACGGCCAUUCAGAGUGCGUUGACCCCAGACAGUCGAGCAUUUGGCAGCAUGGUAUACGCCGGUCACGUAGGAAACCUCAUAGAUGCGGUGGUGUUGAUUGGCGGAGCUCAGAUGGACUGCAUGAGGGACAACCCGACAUGUGCGGUGCCGCAACCGAUGAAGGACAUCUGGUUCAUAGAUGUUGCAAGGAAGGCGGGUAUCAAGGAAACCGACACUGCCGACACCAUGGCAGUCUUCGACGGAAUCGACGACAUCAUUUCAGUCCAGCUUCCGUCCUGGACUUCUGAAAAGAUUGUUCUUUCUACGUUGUGGCUAGAAGCCUGGACUUUGCUGAAUACUCGAGUGAGGACCAAAACGAUUCUGUUCGACAUAUACUACCAAGAAACGCCGAUACUUCGAUGGUACUUUGAGAGUAUUGACAGCAAUUUGUUCUGCGUACUUUUGUUCAAGCCUGGCAAGGCACAGAAGGAAGUGAAGAGAUGGGGCCCGAUCGAGCAGCAGCUCAUCGGCCAGUGGCAUCAUGUGUGCUUCACCAUGAGAUUUGGCAGAGUCUACUCGCCCUCCGACUACGAUCCAGACGCCGUGAUCGCGCAGGCGUUUAUGUUCAUAGAUGCGGAUACAGUGCAGGAGUACGGGGCUGGUUUCGCAAGCAUCAACAUCAAGGAAAAUCUCAGGUUGACUACAGGGAUCACCAGCCUGUACAUCGGAGGCAACAGCCCGUCGGUCGAAGCGAGCGGAUAUCAAAAUUUUGAGGGGAGCAUCGAUCGAAUCAGAGUGUGGUGGCCGUCCUGUCCUCCUAAGAGUGAUCCCACGCGCUGCAACCCCUACGGGUUUCUCUUUCCCAAGCUGAGAGACGGGGGACGAUCACCCACAGCAAGAGACCCCAGGACAAACUCAUCCUUGCAAGAGAAAGACGUUCGCAUCUGGCACGUGGCCCAGCCAAUCUACGUCAACAUGUUCUCAGACUCAGUGCAGGCGGAGUAUGCCGGAGAUUUGGUGGUGAACCUCGAGCUGAACUCCAAAGAGUUUUCAAGCGGCAAGAUUGUGAACGAAGGGACAGGUGGACCUGACCAGUGCGAGUGCUGGUCAGGUGCAGGCCAAACAUGCGCUGAGUGGGAGAGGGUAUCACCUCUCGUUGCAACUUGCGAUGGCUGCAAAGAUGCAAGCUCUUGCACUGCCAACGGAUGCUCGCAGUUUGAUAUCGAUUGUCUGGCCUCUCAAGACUGGACAGACACAACUCUCCUGAAUGAUUAUGCGACCAAUGGGUUUUGUCAGUGUCGGAACGCUGUUGACUGUCCUCGUACCGUCCAGCAAUGUGAAUGUCCAGCUGGGUUAACCAGGUCGUGCAGUAAGUGUUCAGCAAGCAUGUUUGUCAUCGAGACCGGCGACGCAUACGCAUGCAGCUCUGGCAUGGACUGCCCUCCGGACGCUCAAGAGAUAGCCGGGGCCUGGUGCCCAGACAAUUACUGUGAGGAGUGGGAAUGCUCCUGCUACAAUGCGAAUGAUCAAACCAGCGUCUAUGGUGGUAAAGUGCAAGACAACAAGUACACUGAAGUGGCUUCUUGCCCAGAAGCUUGCUCGAACAGUAACGAGCAGGUCUUCACCAACACUGAUUUACAAUGUGAACAAAGGCUGACAUGCUGUACGGCAUGGGAGUGGAGCUAUACUUCGAAUGCAUUCAAGUGUGUCGGUAGCACGACAGACUGCAACAUCGGAAAGUGCUGCAUGGGAUCCUUGAGAUCGGCAGCUGUACCAGCUAUGGAGUCAACAAAUCAGAUUCUUCUUAGCCAAGACAAGACUCAACAAACACAGACACGCAGGGCUACUAGAGGGAGACAGGGAAGUCAGUUGAGAAGCAAGCCCUUCUUGAACAACAACUCUUCGAAUCUUCUUCGAGCAGCGACAUGUUCCCUGCAAGACUCAUUCAUGUACCUUUCUGUCUCUGUAUCACCUGCAAUGCCUCCAACCCCUUCAUGCUCUGGAUCUGAUCCCAGCAUUGACACUUACUUUCAAAAUCUGUCGCUCACUUGCAUCGAUAGCAGCGUCAAUACUAAUUUAGAGCCACCAAUCUUCACCUGGGAUAUCUUCGUUUCCGUUUCGGAUGUGUUCGAUUACAAGAUCGUCAAACUACAAGUAGAGGAGGCGAUCAGAAACCUUGAACAGGACCUGUGGGAGUGUUAUGAUGUGACCAUCACGCAAGACUCUCUCCCCCACAUCUGUGGAGAUGGGAUCGAAGUGUCGGACACCAACAUACCCGCCUCCUACGGCAUGGAUUCAGGGGUUGUGGAGGAAUGCGACACGGGAAGUUCGAAUGGGCUUGGAGGCUGCAGCGAACAGUGCACGUGCAUACAGAACUUCAACCCCUCGCCCUCAAGCACGGGAUGCGUCUGCUCAAACCAGUUCGACUACUCUCUUCAAGGAAGCGAAACCAGCAAAAUCGUGGGUGCGGCCAACACGCUUCACCUUCGUAUUACCAUCGAAAACUUCAAUCCCGACUCAAUAGAACCCGUGUCUGCAUCCUACACCAACCCCGUGGUCAUAUCCAUAACAGGUUUAACCGGAUCGAACACAGAGAGCGGACUGAUCCAAGUUGCUUGUGAGGGUUCAAGUCCCAGCAAUUGUCUGUGGUCGGGUCAGGGGUUCAAUAUCGGCUGUUCCUCGUUGCAAUCAUGUUCUGUUGUUUCGGUUCAGACAGGCCCCUACACAUUGGAAGCAGGACUGGCAGACUGGAACAAGGAUACAGGAACGCUCAAGUUCACUCUGACCAGCAGCAUAUACUACAUCUCUAUGCUAGAGUCUGCUGGUCCUUACCUCGACUUGUCCUUCUCUCUUGAAAAUGGUCAAAUGACUCAGCUUCCUCCGACUGUCACCGCAACUGCCUGUGCAAAGAACGCUGUUCCUCCCUCCAUCAGCCUCACGUCGGCUGCAGGAUUCUUCACCUUCAACCAGCAGAAGCUGAUCGCAGGACAAGAGACGACUGUCUCCUACACGUCAUCAAUGGGAUCCACUCUCACCGUGGGGCAAGUUAGCAUAUCCGCCAUCAUCCCCGAUGGAAGUGAUGGAUUGGUGACCGUGGCCUCAGUGGACGAGGAUAGAUUCGGAGGGGUCACCCUUGAGAUGACCAGCAGACUCCCACAAGCCGCGAGUCUUGCUGGGGUAGAAGGCACUUGCCUCAAGACCACCAGCGACACGACCGUUACCGGGCUCGAAGGAAGUUUGACCAUCAACAUCGACGACACGCGGAGGAGAAAGGCAGGUGGAUGUUUCGUGACCAGCGACAAGACUCUCAACAUCUGCCUCAGAGGCAUGACCGGCAUGUACCGCUACGACUCUCAGUCUCGCUUGUGGACGCCUGACGAUGAGGUGAGCAUGGCGUCGCUCGCUGCUGUCACAGUCUCGACGACUCAGCUUAGCCCCAACGCGGUUUACGCAGCCAUCUCCACCCCCCCGUGCUGCAUCCUAGAUGGUGCCGGCAAGGCUUGUGGAGAGAGGAUAUGCCUGGCCUCUGCUCCGAACAGCUCGGGCGUGAAAGCGCUGCUGGGAGGAGGUGUUACCUCUCGCAUGCCCUCCUUGUCAACCACUACCCGACCGAUGCACAAGUCCAAGGAGGCGUUAGAUCAGUAUUUCAAGGACCUUGAAGCCUCCAACGAUCCUGUGGCGACCCGCAUGGGUUGGAAGCAGUACUGCCCCACAGGAUCUGCCUCGUGCUCUGGAUCUUCAACAACGUCUGGGUGGCUUCCUGCAAGGUUUGGACAUGCUUCGGCAGUCACCAGCGGCAACAUCAUCCUCGUGUUCGGAGGAUUCGGAUGUGCCGCGACCUCGACGGUCAACGGCAAGACAGUCUGCACACACUUGACAGCACCCUUGAGUGACUUGUGGGAGUUGGACCUCGAGAAGGUUCUUCUCGGGUUGAACGCGAUGCGGAUGAUUGAGCUGAGCCCAUCUCUUCCCGGUCUGGUCGCGAUGUCCAUGGUCACGAUCGGGACCGACAGUUUCAAGGUGCUGGUCGUGGGAGGAUCGGAGCAGAGCUACAACUCGCUCCAGCUAAUGCAGCAGGAGAUUCCUCCUUACACAGUAGGCAAGCUUGCCAUCAGCGAGGUCGAGUAUAGUGCUGGCACAACCGUGCAGAGCUCAAUCUCGACCGCGUAUGAGAUGACGGGUCACUCUGUGGUGGUCAAUAGCUCAGCUGCUAUCAUCUUCGGAGGUUUUGUUGCCAACUCCUUGUCAAGCGCCGUCUUUAUUUACGACCUUUUUGCUGCUGAUCCCGAGCUGGGACUCUCCGGGGUACCCAACUAUGGAGUCAGCCCCCCUCCAAGGGGCUUCCAGGGCCUCGCCAAGCCAGACUCCAAGACGUUACUCAUGUAUGGAGGGAUGCAAGGCGGCGGCCCCAUCGCAGACCUGUGGAAGCUCGACCUCGCUACUCAGAAUUGGAAGAUGGUCCAUGCGAGCAAGGCGAGCAGCAAGUCGCCUGAUCCCUCCUCCUUCUCUGCCUUCACCUCCUUCACGGCAACGGGGGUUCAAGGCAAGAUCAUGUCGUCUCAUGGAGGCAUCCAGCGAGGAUACUUGAGAGGCACCACGUUUGCUCCAGGGAGCAGCGAUGACCAAGAGUUUCAAGUGAGGUCAACAGGGAACGUGUACAUGUCCGAAGACGUGACAUCAGCCGAUCCAACCUCAUGGAUGGGAGCUCGACCAAAGAUAGGGCAGAGCUUUCCUGGUCGAUGUAUGCACAGUAUCCUCAACGGAGUCUUCCUGCCGGGAAUAGACUCGAUCCUUGUCCAUGGAGGCGUUGGAAACACUGGAAGAGGGUUGUCGGACAUGUGGCUCAUGGAUAUUACAACCAUGAGCUCAGGAAUCAUGGUGAAGAUCAUCUUUGAUGGUGUGACUUCGGCAGACUUGACUCCAAGUGUUAUCGAUGACUUGAAGGUUCUGUUCAAGUACCCUGUUCUCGUGAAUGAGGAUCCUAAGUUUGCUGUCUUCUUCAACGAACAAGUUCUUGCAGGGAUAUACAGUGAUAUCACAGUGAAGGACAAUCCUGAUCGGAAUCUAUCUGUGAUCCUCUCUUUUGCAGCGGCCUCAGAACAAGUGUUCUCACUGAAAUAUUUUCUGUUUCCAUCUGUUGCAGAAGGCAACAUAAGGCUAGCAUCCACCUUGAAUGCUGUCGACUAUGUUCCAAGUCAAGCACCACUCUCGUCCAAAGAGAUCUUGUCAAAGCUUGUGUUCGCAGACGACAAUGGAAAAGAAAGUGACAUCAGCUUUGAGACCAUGAAAGGGUAUGUGUUGGAUGGGGUCAAAGAUUACAUGUUCAACUUGUAUGAGUACGUUGGAACAAGCAGCUGUAAGAGUCAUCAGAAUACAAAAUGUGUGCGCGGAGUUUGCCAGGGUAUGGCAGAAGAUUUGAAUUUUGGGGAGAUCGAGACAUACGACUACGGCGACACGAGGUACUGCUACGGCGAUCAAUCAAGCAGCGAACAAUGCUCCACUGGCUAUUCCUGCUCCUUGCCCAACAUCCGUCACGGCCAUCGAUCUGUCGCUUUUUCUUUCAGAGGGACCAACAUCAUCUACAUGACCUUCGGAGGAGAGACAAGCGACCUGGUAAAUAUGGCCGAUGGAGGUAUCACACCUGGGAGUGGCAGCCUGAGCAACGAGGUUCACACCGCGUACUUCACAUCCGACGACGCUCUGUUUGUCAAGCUGAUGACCAGCUGCGACACAAGCGGCGGAGCCUGUCCCAAGGAGCGAAGAGACGCUGCAAUCGCUCUAAUGGGCAACACCGGGAGCGUCAACGGCCGUCUCCUUGUAUUUGGGGGGAUCACGUGUGCAGGAUCGGGCGGCUGCAGUCGCUCGGUCAUCUUGGACUACCUCGAUGGAGCUAGCAGCACCUCGGCGUCUGUGCUCGACGACCUCUGGUACCUGGACCUUACUGACCUUGACCUUGCCUGCCUGUCUACUGGGAGCUGUCUCACCACAUUGCCGUGGGCGGAGGUGGACGUGCCUGGCUCGCGUCCAUCCGGACGCUUCGGAGCUGGCAUCGAGCUGGACCUGACAAACUACUACUUGUACAUCAUCGUGAGUGCAUUGGCUUUGUUUUGCAUCAAUGACUCAGAGCAGGGAGGCACUGGCUACACCCCUAUGACAGGCUUCGUGAAUUACGGAGAUCUCUACGUCUUCCAGCUCACCGACGCCUUUUACAAGAGCUGCAGCGCUACAGGGCAGGCGCUUACCUCGGCCCUAGCGGGAGUCAACACCAUCUUCUACCUGCAGUGUCAGGACAACUUCGGACAACCAGCGGAGGGAGCAAAGUUCACCGUUGAGAUCUCAGGCACAAACCUCCCGAGCAUCUCUCCUUCAGUUGUCAGCCAGGGCAACGGGAUGUAUAGCUGUGCUUACACGCCAGUGAAGAUCGGAACCUACAAGCUGAGCAUCUUCGUUGGCAGAGGCGGUACAGACUUCCAGGACCUGGUCGCCGGCUAUGACAGAGAGCCGUCAAACUCGAUUCACGAGUUCGAGCAGCUUGGCAGCAAAGCCAACCCCAACCCCUACACACUGACAGUCCUGCCGGGCUCUACGUCCCCGGACUCAUCGGUCGCCGCAGGAAACUUCCUCUCCCUCACCACGUGCGGGAUCGUCUCGACCUUCAUGAUCACGGCCCUCGAUGCCUUCGGUAACCGGCGACCGGGCAGAGACAGCCUGAGCGCAAUCAUGAUCUUGUGGGACGUGACCAGGGCUGCUCCUCGUGACCCUGAAGCUUCACCACAGACGGCCGUGAUCACAGACAACACGGACGGCAGCUAUGAGACUUCGUACAGGAUCACCCGAUCUGGCAGCUACUUGCUCGAGAUCAACUUCGCGGGGGUAGUCGGGGCAGGCACACCCCUCCUCCUCGAGGUGCAGUCUGCUCCCGCUGACGUGUCAAAGACAUACGUAUACGGGCAGCUCAGAAGCAUCGUGGCGGGAUCAGCUUCUACCCUCUACGUGCAGACUCGCGACAGGUACGGGAACAACAUCCGUGCAAGCCCAGCCCUGUACCCGCAGGGCACAGAGAGCAUCGAGUUCGAGAUCUGCAAGACGUUUGGGCCUCGAGCCCAGGACGCUUGUGGAGGAGGAGAGAUCGAGAACAGCGUCGGCAUUACCAUCGACUACUCCAUCGGGCCGGACGGUCAGUCGACCUCCUCCUUCACUGGGCUCCCCUACUUCGGGCUCUAUCAAGUCACCUACUUCCCCUUCAACGACGGGCUGGUGUCGACGCAGGUGAAGCACAACGGAAGUUACGUGCAGUGCUUCUUUGAUACCACCGGGCUGACAGGAGCAGAUUUGUUCCCCGAUGCCAACGUGGUGGACGCUUGUAUCCUCAAGGUGACCAGCAGCGUGAGCUUGUCAGCUCGUAGGGCAGGCCGUGAGGUUCAGCUGAGCAGGAGGGUGUCAGGCUUGACUCAGGACGAGCUUUCGGUGUCGAUCAAAGCGAGUUUCACCCCUCCAGAUACGAGCAUACUGCAGUACUGGCUCAAGUGGGGGCCCAUCCUGUGCGCUCUCGUGGGAGUUGGGUUACAGAUAAUCUUGUUCGCCGUGGGACUCUUAUGCAGGAAGAAGACAGGAGUAGCCAGCAUUUCUCAUAAUCUGAUGGACAAGGGGGAAGAGGAGGUUGCAGUCAACGACCAUGCGCCUGUCAUAGCGGAAGAGGCAGAGAGUGACAAGCUGCAAGCUCUGACACACAUGCUCAAUAUGAGUCUGAUAAGUGAGGACGAGAUGAGGAAAGCUGUUAACAUGAUACGAGACAACGAUGCAAUCCUUCUUGGUGCUAUGGACGCAAUCAUGAAGCAGGAGAUGUAUGCUUCUCGUGUGCUGAAACAACGAGUCAACGCAGAGUGGGCUGAUGAAGGGAAACAAGCUUUGAUAUGA